ACAACAAAACAAAAGUAAAACUAAAAACAACUUGUCGCCAGAUUUCUCUUCACAACGUCGACUCCUUUAAGCUUUAACACAAAUUCAAGUUUCUCUCCGUCAGAUUUCACAAAUUCAGAUUUCUCUCCGCCGGCGACCGCCCCACCGUCGGAUUGCUGCUCGUCUGACGUCUCCUCUCGUGUCGUGCUCCAGUUCAGUGCUCGCAUCUUCCUCCAACAGCAGAGCCGAGCACUUUCCCGCCGCCCCCCCUAAGCAACAGCUAUUAAUUUCCGGUGGCCAACUUAGAAAAUAGAUAAGGGCAAGAAAUGAGUCAGAGAAAAUCUAUCAAUGGGAGGCCAUCUGGGACGGACGGCUCUGAUUUUUCAUAUCGAAUGGUCGUCGAUUCCAGAUACCAAAGAGUUGCUGAAGGAAAAUCUCGCCUUUGCAAACUGAUAUUAAUCCAGGGCUUUAUUCAAUUACUUGUUGCGGUAGUUGUAUUUUUGCCUACAGUGGAAUGGGGAACUCUUGAUAGGCUUUCAGUCUCUUCUAGUGUCAUUUUCUUUCUCUCUCUAUUAAUAGGAGAAUUAGGUCGAAAGCGUAGCCGUGCUAUCCUUUUGAAGCUGUACUUGUUUGGAUCGUCAGUAGCUGUUAUUAUCUCAGUUGUCUCGGUGCUUCAGAGUAAAAAGUCACUUGAGGUUAUCAAAGAUUUGAGUAAGUGGGCGACAACAAAGCCUGAAGUUUCACAGAUUGGUGUUGUUUCACUUGGAUUAGUGGUGCAAAUAUUUGCUUUCACGGUGGCAACCUCCCUCAUUCAGAAUAUGGCUCCUCCGAAGAGGUCAUCGUGAUUUGUUUUGUUGAUUUUAGUUCUAAGACAGAGCAAUCACGCAUGGUUUCAAGCUCAAACACAGCCUGAUUUUAUUUUUCAAGGAACAUAGAGGCUUCACUUUGUGUGCUUGUCAGAGAAAAUCAAUAUUCUCGUGCUUUAUAGUUUCUAAUUGUGUAUGAUUCCUAAAUGCAACAUGGUGGCGUGUUUAUUGGAUGUUCAUAUUAGUGAUAUUUUACCAUAUA